UCACAAUUCACAUAUACUCUUAUUCUGAACCACACACAAAAACACACAUAACAGAAACCUUAACAAAGUAACACAAACAUAGAUACAAUUAUUACAAUGGCUUCUAUGGCUACUACAGGUGUUAUCAAAGUACCACGUUGUUCUUCUUCAUCAUCAAAUAUAAGAAACAAAGCCAUUCAAAGAAGUCUUUCAUUCUCAUCAUCACAACUCUCUGGAGACAAGAUUGUUACAGUUUCUGGUGGUGCAGGAAGAGGAAGGUGCAUCCGGAAGCAUGUGAUCGUCACUCCUAAGGCUGUUUCUGAUUCACAGAAUUCUCAGACUUGCCUUGAUCCUGACGCUAGCAGAAGUGUACUUGGCAUUAUACUUGGAGGUGGUGCUGGUACUCGUCUAUAUCCACUCACCAAGAAGAGAGCAAAACCAGCUGUUCCUCUUGGAGCUAACUAUAGACUCAUUGAUAUACCUGUUAGCAACUGCUUAAACAGCAACAUAUCUAAGAUCUAUGUUCUUACUCAAUUCAAUUCUGCGUCCCUCAAUCGACAUCUUUCUCGUGCUUAUGCAAGCAACCUCGGUGGCUACAAAAAUGAAGGUUUUGUUGAGGUUCUUGCUGCUCAGCAAAGUCCUGAGAAUCCUAAUUGGUUCCAGGGUACUGCAGAUGCUGUGAGGCAAUAUUUAUGGCUUUUUGAAGAGCAUAAUGUUUUGGAGUACUUAAUUCUGGCCGGUGACCAUUUGUAUCGAAUGGAUUACGAGAAAUUUAUCCAAGCACACAGGGAAACAGAUGCUGAUAUCACUGUGGCUGCAUUGCCAAUGGACGAAAAGCGUGCAACUGCUUUCGGUCUGAUGAAGAUCGAUGAAGAGGGGCGUAUAAUUGAAUUUUCAGAAAAGCCAAAAGGAGACCAGUUGCAAGCUAUGAAGGUCGAUACUACCAUUUUGGGUCUUGAUGAUGAAAGAGCAAAGGAAAUGCCUUUUAUUGCUAGCAUGGGUAUAUAUGUUAUCAGCAAAAAUGUGAUGUUAGACCUGCUUCGCGACCAAUUUCCUGGUGCAAAUGACUUUGGGAGUGAAGUGAUUCCUGGUGCUACUUCCAUUGGAAAGAGAGUGCAAGCUUACUUAUAUGAUGGCUACUGGGAAGACAUUGGUACCAUUGAGGCUUUCUAUAAUGCAAAUCUCGGAAUCACCAAAAAGCCUGUACCUGACUUCAGUUUCUAUGAUCGUUCAUCUCCAAUUUACACCCAACCGCGAUAUUUGCCUCCAUCAAAGAUGCUUGAUGCAGAUAUUACUGAUAGUGUUAUCGGAGAAGGAUGUGUGAUUAAGAACUGCAAAAUCUUCCAUUCUGUGGUCGGGCUGCGAUCUUGCAUAUCAGAAGGUGCUAUUAUUGAAGACACUUUGUUGAUGGGCGCAGAUUAUUAUGAGACAGAAGCUGAUAAAAGUUUUUUGGCUGCUAAAGGCAGUGUACCAAUUGGUAUUGGCAGAAACUCCCAUAUCAAAAGAGCAAUUGUUGACAAGAAUGCUAGAAUUGGAGAAAAUGUGAAGAUAAUUAACAGUGACAAUGUUCAAGAAGCUGCAAGAGAAACAGAAGGCUAUUUCAUUAAAAGCGGGAUCGUCACAAUAAUCAAGGAUGCGUUAAUUCCUAGUGGAACUGUCAUUUAGAAGAUCAAUGCACGCCACGAUUUUGUAUAAACUACACUUGGAGCUUAAACAAAAUCAUGCUACCACUGUGAUUUUGUCAAAUCUAACGCGAAGGGUUUAAACUUUUGUUUCCUAAUGUUGAGUGAGACUUUGGAGUUCAUCAUUAAUGGUGAAGGGUUUGAACGGUUAUGCUUCCACGUCUAAGAUAGGCUUUCAUCUCUAUGCUUUAUGAGCUAUUUAUUUUUUGGCUAGCUGCUUGUAAAUAAUAGAUGAAGAGAGGACCUUCUUUUGAAUAAUCAAGUUUUAUUUGUUGCUGUAAAAUUCGUUAAUCAACUGAAUAAUAGUUACAUUAUUCUGUAUUGUCGGUUAAAA